AUGUUGUCAGUGAAGCAACUGGUUCCAGUUAUCUUCAGUGAUAACUCCAGAAACACCAAGGAACAGUUUAACAGCCGAAAAGGCCGAUGGCCCAACAACCCCAACCUGCCUGACAAGGCUGAUCUCCCCAACAAGGCUGAUCUCCCCAGCAAGGCUGAUCUCCCCAACAAGCCCAACCUGCCUGACAAGGGAGAUCUCCCCAACACGCCUAACCUGCCCGAUAAGGGUGAUCUCUCCAACAAGGCUGAUCUCCCCAACAAGUCCAACCUGCCCGACAAGGGUUAUCUCCCCAAUAAGCCCAACCUGCCCGACAAGGAUGAUGUCCCUAGCAAGCCCAACCUGCCUGACAGCAAGGCUGAUCUCCCCAACAAGUGCAACCUGCCUGACAAGUCUGAUCUCCCCAACAAGCCCAACCUGCCUGACAAGGCUGAUCUCCCCAACAAGCCCAAACUGCCUGACAAGGGUUAUCUCCCCAACAAGCCCAACCUGCCUGACAAGGCUGAUCUCAACCUGCCCGACAAGGCUGAUCUCCCCAACAAGUCCAACCUGCCCGACAAGGGUUAUCUCCCCAACAAGCCCAACCUGCCCGACAAGGAUGAUCUCCCUAACAAGCCCAACCUGCCUGACAGGGGUGAUCUCCCCAACAAGUGCAACCUGCCUGACAAGUCUGAUCUCCAUAACAAGCCCAACCUGCCUGACAAGGCUGAUCUCCCUAACAAGCCCUACCUGCCCAACAAGGGUUAUCUCCCCAACAAGUGCAACCUGCCUGACAAGGCUGAUCUCCCUAACAAGCCCAACCUGCCCGACAAGGCUGAUCUCCCUAACAAGCCCAACCUGCCCGACAAGGGUGAUCUCCCCAACAAGCCUAACCUGCCCGACAAGGGUUAUCUCCCCAACAAGUCCAACCUGCCCGACAAGGGUUAUCUCCCCAACAAUCCAACAAGGCCCAAGCCCAACCUGCCUGACAAGGCUGAUCUCCCUAACAAGCCCAACCUGCUGCCAAGGGUGAUCUCCCAGCAACCCAACCUGCCUGACAAGGCUGAUCUCCCUAACAAGCCCAACCUGCCUGGACAACCUAAACCUAACAAGGGUGAUCUCCUCGACAAGGGUGAUCUCCCCAACAAGGGUGAUCUCAACAAGCCUUACCUGCCUGAGAAGGGUGAUCUCCCCAGCAAGUGCAACCUGCCUGACAAGGCAAGUGCAACCUGCCUGACAAGGGUGAUCUCCUCGACAAAGGGUGAUCUGCCUGACCCAACAAGUCCAACCUGCCUGGACAAGGGUGAUCUCCCCAACAAGCCCAACCUGCCUGACAAGGGUGAUCUCCUCGACAAGAGUGAUUUCCCCAACAAAGGUGAUCUCCUCGACAAGGGGUCUGAUCUCCCAACAAGUCCAACCUGCCUGACAAGGGGCUUAUCUCCCCCGACAAGCCCCAACCUGCCUGCCAAGGGUGAUCUCCCUGACAAGGGUGAUCUCCUCGACAAGGGUGAUCUCCCCAACAAGGGUGAUCUCAACAAGCCUUACCUGCCUGAGAAGGGUGAUCUCCCAGCAAGUGCAACCAGCCUGACAAGGCCCAACCUGCCUGCCAAGGGUGAUCUCCCCUACAAGGGUGAUCUCCUCGACAAGGGUGAUCUCCCCAACAAGUCCAACCUGCCGGACAAGGGUGAUCUCCCCAGCAAGUGCAACCUGCCUGACAAGGGUGAUCUCCUCGACAAGGCUGAUCUCCCUAACAAGCCCAACCUGCCUGACAAGGGUGAUCUCAACAAGCCUUACCUGCCUGAGAAGGGUGAUCUCCCCAGCAAGUGCAACCUGCCUGACAAGGGUGAUCUCCCCUACAAGGGUGAUCUCCUCGACAAGGGUGAUCUCCACAACAAGCCCAACCUGCCCGACAAGGGUUAUCUCCCCAGCAAGUCCAACCUGCCCGACCAGGGUUAUCUCCCCAACAAGUGCAACCUGCCUGACAAGGGUGAUCUCCCCAACAAGUCCAACCUGUCGGCCAAGGGUGAUCUCCCCAGCAAGUGCAACCUGCCUGACAAGGGUGAUCUCCUCGACAAGAGUGAUCUCCCCAACAAGACCAACCUGCCUGACAAGGGUGAUCUCCCCAGCAAGUGCAACCUGCCUGACAAGGGUGAUUUCCCAAACAAAGGUGAUCUCCUCGACAAGGGUGAUCUCCCCAGCAAGUCCAACCUGCCUGACAAGGGUGAUCUCCUCAAGAAGGGUGAUUUCCGCAACAAAGGUGAUCUCCUCGACAAGGGUGAUCUCCCCAACAAGCCCAACCUGCCUGACAAGGCUGAUCUCCCCGACAAGCCCAACCUGCCUGACAAGGGUGAUCUCGACAAGGGUGAUUUCCCCAACAAGUCCAACCUUCCUGACAAGGGUGAUCUCCUCGACAAGGGUGAUUUCCCUAACAAGCCCAACCUGCCUGACAAGGCUGAUCUCCCCGACAAGCCCAACCUGCCUGACAAGGCUGAUCUCCCCGACAAGCCAAACCUGUCUGUCAAGGGUGAUCUCCCCAACAAGGGUGAUCUCCAUAACAAGGGUGAUCACCUCGACAAGGGUAAUCUCCCCAACAAGGGUGAUCUCCUCAACAAGGGUGAUCUUCCCAACAAGCCCAACCUGCCUGCCAAGGGUGAUUUCCCCAACAAAGGUCAUCUCCCCAACAAGCCUAACCUGCCUGGCAAUGGCGAUGUUCCCAACAAGGGUGAUCUCCCCAACAAGCCCAACCUGUUUGUCAAGGGACAUCUCCCCGACAAGGCCGACCUCCCCAACAAGGCCAACCUCCCCAACAAGGCCGACCUUUCAAGAUAA